AACGUGCCAAUAUCGUCUUGAUCCGUAUUAUUGCCAUUUUGAUCCUGAGAUCUUCUCUGCUGAAGUAACACAUUUUUUAAGAAUAAGAAGAAAAAAAUAAUAAGAACUUAUCAACAUAGAAAGGCCAGAUUGUUACAUAUUUUUUCUUCUGUCCGUCGAGCAAUCAGUCAUUUAGAAUUUUUCAAAUGCUGGAAGAAUUCUUUAGUAGCUUUAUAAUACCUACGAAGAUUAUCAUGUUACUUUCUUUAACUGCCUCUGCCACCGAAUUUGCUUUGAAAAAAGAUUUAAUAAGUUUUCUCAUGGCCAUGAUCAACUUCGUAACAUUAUAUCUAUGUCAUGCAAGCGGACAAAGAAUUACUUCAACGGCUAGUAGUGUGGCCGAAACCGUAUAUGAUUUGAAUUGGUAUGAUGCGGAUAUCUCAACACGAAAAUACGUUUUACUCUUAUUGUGUAUGACCCAAAAAUUGUUUAUGACGGAAGUACCUUUAUUCGGUGAAAUAUCACAUGCAGCAGUAGCAAAAGAGUACAAGAUGGUUUAUGUUUUUUGUAAUUGGAUAUUGAAAGUUACCAAAUGAAGAUGCUUAAACACCUAAUAAUUUAAUCAACACUUAUUUAAUGCACAUUUAUUUGCACGGCAUGCAAUGACUGUACGUUAUAUCUGCACAAUAUAUUCACAUAUAUUGUGGGGUCAAGAGUUCAAGAGUCAAAAGGCUUGUAAGUAAAAGGAUGUUCUCAUCAGAGGAAACUUAGGAGACAGAUAAAUUAAAACAAAUAAUGUUUGUGCGAACUUCUUUCUAGCUUUAUUUCAUUCAGCCGAAUUAUCAUAAAAUUAAUUAAAAUUGUAACUAAACAGUAAAUUGCGAUGGUUCAGGAUAUUUUAG